AUGCAGCCAUUGCCGACCACGCCAAGGGACGAGGAAAUGAUUGCAAGGCUGAAGUCAGCUUUUGACGCUAUUGCUGGUGGUACUGGUGAUAUUGAAGCCGAGGACUUGCGCAAUAUUUUGAACAGAGUCUUCGAGAACAAGGGUUAG